GGAGGGAAACCCCGUGGAUCAGAGCGAGCCAGAUUGAGAGAGAAUCAGCUGUGUCGCCUGAGCGAGAGCACCAUUAUCUCUCUCACACGCAUACAUAGCCCCAGCGCUAAACAGCCAUGGAAAAGACGGAACUGGUGCAAAAGGCCAAGCUAGCCGAACAGGCGGAGCGCUACGAUGACAUGGCGGCAGCAAUGAAGGCGGUGACAGAGAAGGGUGGAGAGCUGACCAAUGAGGAGCGUAACCUGCUCUCGGUGGCCUACAAGAACGUGGUGGGUGCCCGGCGAUCCUCCUGGCGCGUGGUCUCCAGCAUUGAGCAGAAGACUGAUGGCACUGACAAGAAGCAGCAGAUGUCUAAAGACUACAGGGAGAAGAUUGAGAAGGAGCUCAAGGACAUCUGCAAUGAUGUACUGAUUCUCCUGGACGAGUAUCUUAUUCCGAAGGCAGAGCUUGCUGAAAGCAAAGUUUUCUUCUUGAAAAUGAAAGGCGACUACUACCGCUACCUAGCCGAGGUGGCGGUGGGAGACGAUAAAACUUCCAUCAUCAGCAGUUCGCAAGAUGCUUACCAGGCUGCUUUUGACAUCAGCAAGAAAGAAAUGCAGCCAACACACCCCAUUCGUUUGGGCCUGGCCCUCAACUUCUCAGUCUUCUUCUACGAGAUCCUCGGCUCACCAGAAAAGGCUUGUGCCCUGGCCAAAACGGCCUUCGAUGAGGCCAUUGCUGAGCUUGACACUCUGAACGAGGACUCGUACAAAGACAGUACGUUGAUCAUGCAGCUGCUGAGAGACAAUUUGACGCUGUGGACCUCGGACACCCAGGACACCUGCGAGGACGCCGAUGGGGGCGGAGAGAACUGAAUUCUCCCCCUCCACUCUGGUCUGCUUGUCAGUCAUCCCAGCUCAUCUACACUGAGACCACCUCAACAUCCUGCUUCUUUCUUUAACUUCUCACCAGCCUCUUUCACUACUUUCUUGUGUGUGUGGAGGGGGGGUGUCUGGGUAUGAAAGGGUUAGGCUGUGUUAAUUUCAUCUUGUAUUUUGUGUGCAAAAGGGACAGUAGGGCCUUGAAGAAAUGGAGUUUUUGGGUUGGGGGGGACAAAGCAGUUGAUUAUGAAAUGUUUAUAUAUACAUGAGGCAUUUGACAAAUCGGUGUUUCAUCGCAAGGCCAACAUGACAACGUUGUGAAUCAAAGGCUGAUUGUGGGGGGGGCUGAUACAGUAGUCUAAUUUGGAAAUCGGCAGGAGGCGUGAGGAAUACACCAAAAUUGUCUCGUGUUUUAUGCAGUUAGGUUGUGGAGAAAAGGAAACAUUCCGUUUACUGUCGUCUGCUCAAGUCCGUUUCUCUUCUUGGGUGACCCUCAAGUAAUUUUUUUCCUCCGCUUUCACACAGUUACGAGGUAUAGAAAACCUAAGAACAAAAGCAAGCACUUGAUACGGCUCUAUACUGUAACCUUUGUCAUAAUUGAGCAGAGCAGUAAGACUUUCCCAUGUGCUUAUCUAGUUAAUAUUUCUUAAGGGUUUUUAUUUUUCUCUGUUUCUUUUUGAUACUUGCUUAAAUGCAUGUGGCUAAGAGUAGUUAACGGGGAGGGAAUGGAUCUUGCUGUCGGGCUGGUUAGCUUUCAUGUCUCUGGAAAUUUCAUACCGAACACCCAAGUAUAAUUGUUAUUUGGAGGGAAAAUAUAAUUUCAUGUAAGUGGAAUAAAAAUACUUUAAAAAAAA